CAGCGCGGCCGCGGCCGCUCCGCGCUGGGCGGCGGAGGAGGAGGAGGGCGGGGAGAGGGUGCGUGUCACCGGGGACACGCUCACACACACUCCCGCACACGCAGGGCCGCCCUGCAGCACCGCGCCGGCAGCCUUUGCGGCCAAACCCCGCCAACAAAGACCCCCCCGUCCAUCCCCAAUUCCCCUCCCCACCUUCCUCCUUUAAUUCCCCCCCCCCCCUCCUCCUCCUCCUCCUCUUCCUCCUCCCCGGGCUCUGCGCGGAGCUGCCCGGCCCCGCCGCGGGAUGUAGCCCGGCCGGGAGCUGCCAGCGAGGCACCGCGGACCCCCCGUCCCUUCCCUGCCCUCCAUGCCCCCGCUGUGAGGCCACCAUGGGGAAAUCCAACAGCAAGUUGAAGCCUGAAGUUGUGGAGGAGCUGACCAGGAAAACCUACUUUACGGAGAAGGAGGUGCAGCAGUGGUACAAGGGCUUCAUCAAGGACUGUCCCAGCGGGCAGCUGGAUGCUGCUGGCUUCCAGAAGAUCUACAAACAAUUCUUCCCCUUUGGUGACCCCACCAAAUUCGCCACCUUCGUUUUCAACGUCUUCGACGAGAACAAAGAUGGGAGGAUCGAGUUUUCGGAGUUCAUCCAGGCACUGUCGGUCACCUCCCGGGGGACGCUGGACGAGAAGCUGAGGUGGGCCUUUAAGCUGUAUGACCUGGACAACGAUGGGUACAUCACAAGGAACGAGAUGCUGGACAUUGUGGAUGCCAUUUAUCAGAUGGUGGGAAACACAGUGGAGCUUCCUGAGGAGGAGAACACACCAGAGAAGAGGGUGGAUCGGAUUUUUGCCAUGAUGGACAAGAAUGCAGAUGGGAAGCUGACACUGCAGGAAUUCCAGGAAGGCUCCAAGGCUGAUCCCUCCAUCGUGCAGGCACUCUCCCUCUACGAUGGGCUGGUAUAGUCCUGGGACUGAGCAGGGGUGCCUGGGGGAUGAUGCUCUCCGUGCCAUCCGACCGCCCGAAGCUUGCCUGUCCCUCUCGGCCUUCCUUUCUGUUCUGCCAGCAGAGGAUGCCCCCGAAGCGCCAGCUCUCUCCCCCUCUCUGCACUCUGAACCAGCCGCUGCCAUUUGCCAACUUCUGCUUUUUCCAAAACCAACAAAAACACAACCAAAACAACCCUUGACAGACCCCGCUCUCAGCGGCAGCGAACGCCCGAGACUUCAAAGCUGGGGGAAUGGGUUUGAGCAUCGCCUGAGGCAGACACCUCCCCACAUCCCUCUUUGCUCCCCAUUCCUACGUUUUCAGAUGGGACUCCAGAAGUGUCGGCGUGGUCCUCUCCUGGGCUGGAAAUGGAGCCCUAAGGUACCAGGGGGGCCGUGCAUCCCAGGGUGCUGCCUGUGCAGGGCAGAGAUUGGGAGCACGGUCCUGGCAUCACCUGCGAUGCCCCUGGCAGCCCUGCCUGGCUCACUAGGGAUAUAUAUUAUUAUAUGAUUAUUUUAAUAUUUUAUUUUAUUGGUGAGACAGUAUUGUGCUUUUUAUUUUGUUGUUUGUUUUUUUAUUUUACUUCGGUGGAAAAAAGUGAGGCUUUUUUUGGGUUUUUUUUGGUUUUUUUUUUUAUAUGCCUAUCUCGAUGAUCGAUAUCCUUAUUUAUUUGUUGUAAAUGUUGCUGCUGUGUUUUAGUCUCUGGGGUGUGUGUGUGUGUGUCCAACCACCUAGUGAUGGUCUGUAAGGUUUACAUGCUCAUACACUAUUGUGGGGCACCGGGAGCCUGCAAUAACAAUGAAGCCAAAAAUCUGCCUUCCCCCCUCUCCUCCCACCCCCCAUAUCCCAAGCUCCAUGGGCCGGCUGCUGUUUGAAGGGGAUGCUGUAGCUUCUUUUCCCCUUCCUGUUUCCCUCUUCCCUGCAUCUUUCUGUUCACCCUUCCCUUUGCAAACUCAGCCCAGGCUCCAAGCAGUCCAAGCCCUCUCCAGGGCCAGCAGACCACCAGGACAUCCUCAGUGCCAUUUCGGUUUUAUUUGAUUUUUAAUUUUUUUUUAACUGCAUGAAAAAGUAUGAACGGAGCUGAGAGUUGGGUUUUCAUUUUAAGCAGAUUCCUUUCCUGUUUUAUCUUCUGCAUGGUGGGAAGGUCUCUUUGCAGCCCUGGGAGGUGGCUUUGUCCCACCAAUGUGCUCUUGGAGCUUGGGAGCAGAGAGGAUGCCCAUGGGGACACCAGGGCUGCACUCCCACUCUCUGGGGGCUCACCCCUCCAUCCCUGGGGUGGGAUCAACACCUUUCCACCCUGCUCUCCACCAGGAUGCUGGCAGCCCUUGGCCAUGGGGACCAUCCCCAGAGCACUGGAGGUGAUGUCUGUAUGUGGAGAACAUUCUCACAGGUAUCCCACCAUGCUGGAGACAAGACAGAGCCCCCAGUGGGGUCUGAAUCCUCCCUGCCUGGCAGGGACAGACUCCCUGGUCCUUUGCCAUGUGGCUCCCCCAGUGCUCUUGGCACUUUCUGAUGCCCAUCAAAUCUUCCCCAUCCCUGAGGAAACCAACCUCACAUCCAUGUGCAAUAUUUCUGCCUCUUGUGCUGUUCCUUCCCCGUUUGGGUGCCCGUGGUUCAUCCUGGAGGGUUUCACCUCUCUCCCUUCCCCUGGAGACUCCUCUUCCUUGAUGCUUUGUGGCCAAAAUGCAACUCUCUUGGGUAGAUCUUUGCAGUGCCUCCAAUUUCUUUAGUGCUCAUCUGCCAGACUGGUCCCUUUCCAGUGCCAAUCAAUGUUCCCAAUGAAUGUGACACUGCUCUAAUUGCCUCUGCUGGUAAAUUAUGGACCCCCCCAAUGUUUGACAUAAUUCCCUGGCAAAGGCAAACUUCACUUGCUCUGGCUCCUUUUCCUGAAAGGCUUUGGAUUUUUGGAGGCCCUGCCAUGCUUUGAGCUCCAUCUGUGUUUGUCAGUGUCUCACCAGGGCCCCUGGGAUGCAUGGCCCCUGUCACGGGUGGGAUGAGGGCCUGGCAUUGGCUUGGGAGAGCUUCAGACCCUAGAAAUACCAAAAUUAAUUAGGGAAAAAGAAAAAAGAGUGAGAAGGGAAAAAAAAAAAAAAAGGUUUUUGCUUUUCUAAAAACUUUCUGCUGGUUUGCAAGGACCUGGUUGGUUUGGGGGUGAGGGGGAGUUUUCCCAGGCAGAAAGAAGCCCCUCCUGCAGCAUCAGGACUGGCUGUUGUCCUGGGUUCCAGCCUGGGGACUGUCCUGCCCUGCUCUUGGCAUGCUGAGUGUCCCCCAGCACAUCAUUUUUGGCCCCAGUAUCUUUCUCUGUCUGGAUUUGGGACCCUGACUUGGAUGCUUUGAGCCUCCCUUUGGGGAGCACCGAGGGUCCCUGAAGACCACCAGGAUCCACAGCUUCUUGAUCCCACUGGAAAUCAGGCUUGAAGCAUCUCAUGCUUGGAGACCUCGGCCUUAACCUCCUCGUGCCUCAGUUUCCCCCAGCAACGAAACGGCCUGGGUGAGCCUCCCAUCCUCCAGAGAGGGAUUUUCCUGCCUGUGCCCGGGGGAUGGGGCUCAGGGCUGGGACCAGGUGGGUUUGGCAGAACCCAUCGGAACCCUGGGACACGCAGAGCGCCGGGAGCGGGGCGGAGUUUAAACCCCCCCCCCGGGUAAAUUCAUCUCGGGCUUUUGCCACCUGGUGAGGAUUAAAAGCCAAACACCCCCCAAGACCGCAUUUGUUGCCGUUCCUACUCGGGUUCCUGGUGCCUGCCCACGGGGAGGGGACCCCAAGCACAGCCAGGCAGAGGCAAGGGUUCAGCCCUGGCGACUGCCGCCUGUCCCCCCCACCCCCCCUCAUUUGUCCCCUGUCGGUGUUGCCCCAUUAAAAUGCAGUGUCUGUAAUUUCAUUUCUUUUUUUUCUGUCCGUUCGCUGUCAGUCGCUGUGGUGUUACCAUCUUUCCUUGAGCUCUGGGGCUGGGCUGAGCUGUUCCCC